GUUAUUUAAAAUUAGAUAAAUAUUUAAAUGUUUUUGAAAAAGUUUUAGAAAAAAUGAAUAAGUUUAAAAAAAUCAAUUAUAAAAUGCUGUUAAACUUGCAGAAAAGAAACUCCUCAGCUUUUUCAUUUGUUCCGGAAAAAAUUCCAAUUGCAGGUGAAACAAAGAAAAUGAAUUUAUUUCAGGCAGUUACAAAUGCAUUAGAUCUUGCGCUGGAAACAGAUAAAACAGCAUUGAUUUUUGGGGAAGAUGUGAAAUUUGGUGGUGUUUUUAGAUGUACAAUGGGUCUUGCGGAUAAGUAUGGUACAAGCAGAGUUUUUAAUACUCCCCUUUGUGAACAAGGUAUUGUGGGAUUUGGAAUUGGUGUUGCUGUGGCUGGUUCUACAGCUAUUGCUGAAAUUCAAUUUGCUGACUAUAUAUAUCCUGCAUUUGACCAGAUUGUUAAUGAAGCUGCAAAGUUUCGAUAUCGAUCUGGAAACUUGUUUAAUUGUGGAUCGCUUACAAUUAGAGCACCAUGUGGAGCUGUAGGUCAUGGUGCAUUAUAUCAUUCACAAAUGCCAGAAGCACAUUUUUCACAUACUCCUGGUUUAAAAGUAGUCAUUCCUAGAAGUCCCAGUCAGACAAAAGGGUUACUUUUAGCUUCCAUUAGAGAUCCAAAUCCUGUUAUUUUUUUGGAACCAAAAAUUUUAUACAGGCAAGCAGUUGAGGAAGUUCCUUUAAAAGAUUACGAAUUACCAUUAUCAAAGGCUGAAGUUGUUGUAGAAGGUAGCGAUGUUACUUUGGUGGGUUGGGGUACUCAGUUUCAUGUGCUUCGCGAUGCUGCUCAAAUGGCAAAAGAGAAACAUGGCAUUUCGUGUGAAGUUAUCGAUUUACGUACCAUUCUGCCUUGGGACGAGGAAACCAUCAUAAAGUCCGUAUCUAAAACUGGUAGACUCGUUAUAGCGCACGAAGCUCCCAUAACAGGUGGAUUUGGUGGUGAAAUUGCCGCUACUAUUCAAGAAAAUUGUUUCCUCAGCUUAGAAGCUCCUAUUCAGAGAGUUUGUGGUCAUGAUACUCCAUUUGCGCAUGUAUUUGAACCGUUUUAUUUGCCUGAUAAGUUUCGUUGCUUUGAAGCAAUUAUGAAAGUGACCUCGUUUUAAAUUAACCUUUAUCGAGUACGAGCCGAGAAUUUCAUUGAAAUACAUUUAGUGAUUGCUUUGAGAAUAAAUAUGAAAAGAUUAACGGUAAAUGAAUACAAAAAAAAUUUGAAACAAAUCAAAAAUUAAAACGAAAUAUUUUUGACAUUGUGUAGUUAGGAAUCAUAUAAUUUAAAAUUUGAAGAGUUAAACUUUAUAUUGCAAGUUUUUAAAAAUAUAGCAAGUUUUAAAAAAAAAGUUUUAUAUACCUUUUGUUUAAGAUUUUGGUGUUAUAUACCAGGAUAAAAAAUACUUUAAUUUACUAUAUUACUUAUUAUUAUUAAAUAAUCAAUGUUAAGUAAUUAUAUUUAUUUAUUAAAUCAAAAAUAAAACUACUUUUUUUCUUUUUGAUUCUUAAUUUCAUUGAGUUUAAAGUGCUUUUAUUGGAUUUUUUUUUUUAUAUGGUUCAGUUAACGUUUUUCUAUAUUUAAUAUUAUAUGCAAAGCUUCCGAUCAAUUUAUAUUUGUCAAAUUUGGUUUUGAUUUCUGAAAUAAAAUUUGAUAUGAGAUUUGA